ACAACUCACUGACUUCAGGACUACAUAAAACAAACAUACACACUUUUACUCAUUCAUUCCUAAAGAUUUAGCAUCUACAGGUACUUUGGUGUUUACUACCUUAGUAAAAGAGUGGACAUAAAAUAUGUGGAGAAAAUGUAUCAUUUCAAAACUGAUAGAAAGCUGUUUUCUUUUUUAAUACAAUUCACUUAAGGAAUAAUCUCAAGAAGUCUUCUGAAGUACUACAGAAUGGAUAAUCAAUGACAAGUUAUAGGCAAGGGAGUAGAAAGACCAAUGGCAAUGAAAUGCCUGGGGCAGCUGAGUUGAGCCAUCUCUUCAUUACACAUUUGUUUAACCAAUAUUAACUGGGCAAUUAUUUACUGCUAUAAGCAACACUGCCACCAAGAAAAGCUACCAUAUGGGUGUAAUGUCCUUGCAGUGAGAUACUAUUCCCCUGGUACACAAAACUCAGACUAUCAAAAAGCCAAAGUAACUAUAGCUGUCCAUAUUUUCCUUUCCAUUAUAUCACUUUUGCUUCAUAUAGUUAAUUUUAGUUUAUUUCUUCUGAUUUUGGCUUUGCUGAAUCCUGAAUAGAAAGCACACGUUCAUGGACAAAUACUAUAACCUCUAAGAAAGAAUAAUUUAUAAAUUGUUAAGACAUCACCAUCUUAGUGGCAGUCUGAGUGGAGCAGAGGAAAAGAUACCUAGAAAUGACUAUAAUUCCAAUUCUACCGCUCAUGAGGUAUCCAAGCUGAGCGAGUCAUAAGGUGUCCUCAAAAGUAAAGCAAAUCACAGGCUCUCAGUAACUGUGGGGAUGCUAUGAGAAAGAGUGAAAGAUGCAAUUCUCCACACCAUAUGUUUUACAACUAUCCUAACCCAAAAUACUCAUGGGAAAGGACUAUCAAAUAGGCAUUUUUUUCAAACACUAAAUUUUGCCAUAAAGUGUCAGUGUUAUCGCUCUUCCUAUAAGCGGCCAGAGGUGACCUGUGAAAAUGGUUCUAUGCUCUCUUGACCCAGAAAACCCCACAAAAUCAUGUAAAUCAAGAGGCUCAAAUCUUCGUGUUCACUUUAAGAACACCCGUGAAACUGCCCAGGCCAUCAAGGGUAUGCAUAUCCAAAAGGCCACCAAGUAUCUGAAGGAUGUCACAUUAAAGAAACAGUGUAAACAAUGUGUGCCAUUCAGGCGUUACAAUGGUGGAGUUGGUGGAGUUGGUAGGUGUGCCCAGGAAAAACAGUGGGGCUGGACACAGGGCUGGUGGCCUAAAAAGAGUGCUGAGUUUUUGCUGCACAUGCUUAAAAAUGCAGAAAGUAAUGCUGAGCUUAAGGGUUUAGAUGUUGAUUCUCUGGUCAUUGAACAUAUCCAGGUGAACAAAGCACCCAAGAUGCGCUGCCGUACUUACAGAGCUCAUGGCCGGAUUAACCUAUACAUGAGCUCCCCCUGCCACACUGAGAUGAUCCUUACUAAAAAGGAACAAAUUGUUCCUAAACCAGAGGAGGAAGUUGCACAGAAGAAACAGAUAUCCCAGAAGAAACUGAAGAAACAAAAACUUAUGGCAUGGGAAUAAAUUAGGCAUAAAAUAAAUGGAAAUAAAAGUAAAAAAAAAAAGUGUCAGUGUUAUCUACUCCAUUAGUUUUUGUCAGAUUUCCACCAACUUAACUCAAACAUAUUACUUCCUUAGCGGAUCAAGAGAUGGAGGGGAGGGAGGGCAAGGGGACGUAAAAAGAAUUAAGAUAUGUACAUGUACCAACUUCCCACAAUGAAUGCAACUGUCAUUUAUUGCAAUCACAUACAAAAACAUUUUUUUAAAAAG